AUGUUGGUUCGUGCGCUGCGGAAACCCUUCUCUGUGGAGACGACGUUAGCGUCAGCAGAGAUCUUUGUGAAAGGAGAACGAUCGGACCAGCACCAGUGCACACUGGCGGGGCGAGUCUCGAGAGUCUUGAACAGCGUUUGGCGAAGUGGCCGAAGCCGCCUCCGGACCGUUGCUCGCGGGGUGUGUGAUGACAGCAGGCUGGUCGUGAGUCGACGGCAGCGCCGACUGUUGCGACGAAUGACUGUCUAUGUCCAUGACAUGAGCGUUGCUGCGAUCGGAAUCGUCAAUGGUGCUCGACACUUUCGCACGCAGGCAGCAGAUCAAACAAUCAGAAACCUCGUCAGCGUCACCGUCAUCGUCGUCACCACCACCACCACAUUCUUUGAUGUCAACUGCUCCCACGUACAACCAGCAAUCAGAGCAGAAAUGGACUCCUCACGCCUUCCACCGGAAACGCCGCGAAGGCAACUCCUCAAACGCAUUCACAGGAGGAGCUCCGUUCUGCCUUCAAUGGAACCCGCCUCGCACCUGACAGCACCCUCGUCCUCGUCAACCGCACGCUCCACAUCUCGACGAGCAUCGCUCAAUCCAGACAAUGCUUCUCCUCUGCUGGGCAACUCUGUGCUCGAAAAGCACGACGAAGCCGACGAAGACUACGAUCAGGCCAACGAUGCAAGGGAUCAAUCUGGUGCUGGAUCAGCACAGACGAGCACCCACCACCAGGCCUUGGCCGAGCAGCACGAGUCAGCGUACUACGAACAGGACGAGCAGGACUUCCAAGGCGAUGAGAAUGGGGAAGAGGCUGCUUGGGCUGAGGUAGACGAGUUGAUGGACACGCUCCAGCUCAGGAACCAGCGCAUCCUCGAGCUUGAAAAGACCGUCUCACAGCUUCAGCGCGACGUCCAAGUGGAGAAGGACCGUUUCAAAUCAUCCAAGGGCAAGACUGGCCCCACCAACGGCGAAGACAAGGGUCUGACCAGGGCGGCUGCCGUCAAGCUCGAGCGCGAGUUCCUUUCGCAAGAAAUGAUCCUCAAAGGACUGCAGCGCGACAACGAGGACAAGACGCUGGAGGUGGAAGCUCUGCGACGCAAAGUCAAGAUCAUGUCCGACUUUCUCGCGCGCCAAUAUGGUCCCGAUGAUUGGGAAGCUGUCGUAUCUGCAACCUCAGGUCUUGCCACCUCAUCGACAGGUGCCAAAGAGUCCUUAUCAACCGCCAGUCCAGAGAAGGAGAGCCUCAGCGCAGUGGCUCGUGUGCUGAAUGCCGCCAACGCAGGCAGUCCCCGCGCAGUCAACAGACCCAAGUUUACUUCGGUGCUGGGGAGCGAUGCCAACAUGAACCCAUUCUCACCCGCUGCUUCGAGUCCUACCAAGGGGCUUGGUGUCACCAACAACGAGGACAUGGUCAUUCCUACCAUCGCCAGACUCCAGACGCCAUCAUCGAGCCCGAGCAAGCUGUUUGUCUCGUCCUUUGCUGGCCCAAGCACGGAUGCAGACGCUUCCGUCGACCAAGUCGCAGCCGUUCUGGCCGAAGAUGCCGAUUCCACGUCAGUUCCAGCGCCUGUAAACGAUGCGUGGAGUUCCAGAUCAGAGGCAAAGAGAGUCGAAAUGCCGGCAGGCGUGGAUGCCAACGUGCUGCUUGCGUCGAUCGAAAGCGUGCGUCUACUCAUCCAAGGCUUCGAAAGGAAGAACGCAAUGCGCAGGGCGGAGCUAGAGUCGACCAUCGACAAGGCCAUCGAAGCCGAGCGCAGAGCCGAAAGGCUUCAAGCACAUGCCUCGGCUGUCCCUGCUGUGAUGCCUUCGUUCGAGGCUACUUCGAUAGCCGCUUCUUGA